CUCGCCUUCGCCACCCUUUUCUCUCCGCGAACAAGAUAAACAGACAAUCAAUAAUUCUUUCUAGGGUUUCGAAAUGGCCGGCACGGGAGUAGUCGCCGUUUACGGGAACGGUGCCAUCACCGAGACAAAGCAAUCCCCUUUCUCCGUCAAGGUCGGUCUGGCUCAGAUGCUCCGCGGCGGCGUCAUCAUGGACGUCGUCAACGCGGAGCAAGCGCGUGUGGCGGAAGAAGCCGGCGCGUGCGCCGUCAUGGCUCUGGAGCGCGUCCCCGCCGACAUCCGCGCCCAAGGCGGCGUCGCCAGGAUGUCGGAUCCGCAGCUGAUUAAGGAGAUAAAGCAGGCCGUGACGAUUCCGGUGAUGGCGAAAGCGAGGAUUGGGCAUUUCGUGGAGGCGCAGAUAUUAGAGGCGAUUGGGGUUGAUUAUGUGGAUGAGAGUGAGGUUCUGACCUUAGCUGAUGAUGAAAAUCAUAUAAAUAAGCAUAAUUUUAGGAUCCCUUUUGUCUGCGGGUGUCGAAAUUUGGGGGAAGCCUUGAGGAGGAUUCGAGAAGGUGCUGCGAUGAUUCGAACCAAGGGUGAAGCUGGCACUGGUAAUAUAAUUGAGGCUGUUAGGCAUGUGAGGUCUGUUAUGGGUGAUAUCAGGGUUUUACGGAACAUGGAUGAUGAUGAGGUUUUCACUUUUGCCAAAAAAAUUGCGGCGCCUUAUGAUUUGGUUAUGCAGACUAAGCAAUUGGGGAGGUUGCCUGUUGUUCAGUUUGCGGCGGGUGGCGUGGCGACUCCUGCUGAUGCUGCGCUCAUGAUGCAAAUGGGCUGUGAUGGCGUUUUUGUUGGCUCGGGUGUGUUUAAGAGUGGGGAUCCUGUUAGGAGAGCCAAGGCCAUUGUGCAGGCGGUUACUCAUUAUAGUGAUCCCGAGAUGUUGGCGGAGAUUAGCUGUGGAUUGGGAGAGGCUAUGGUGGGAUUGAAUUUGGAUAAGAAUGUCGAGAGGUAUGCCAAUCGGUCUGAAUGAAAUGCUUACCGUUUUGUCUCGACUGUGUCUUUGAUUAAUAGUUUUUUCUUUUAUGGUUAUUGUAGAAGAACAAGUUGAUGGUCUAGAACCUUUACUAGUUUUAUGUUAUGUUUGAUGACGUUCGAACAUAUAUACUUUGGUUUUAUCUAUUAAGUUUGGUUCGUUUGUCGUACUCUUGAAGCUUUCAAAUUAUAUGGAAGUAUUACUUUUUAUGUUUUA